AUGGAAACUGGGGAAUUUCCUGCAUGGCUUGAGGUUUUGUUAAAAGAGAAGUUCUUCAACGCUUGUCUGGAGCAUGAAGAUGUUAAGAAGAACGAGAAGAACAUUUUAUGUGUCGAUUGUUGCCUUAGCAUCUGCCCUCACUGUGUCCCUUCACAUACCUCUCAUCGUCUUCUUCAGAUAAGAAGAUAUGUGUAUAACGACGUUUUGAGGGUAGAGGAUGGUUCGAAACUAAUGGACUGCUCUUUAAUUCAGCCAUACACAACGAACAGUUCAAAAGUUGUGUUCAUCAAUGAAAGACCUCACUCUCGACAGUUUCGUGGUUCCGGCAACUUUUGCACCACCUGUGACCGGAGUCUCCAGUCUCCUUACGUUUUCUGCUCUCUCUCCUGCAAGAUUAGUGACGUCAUAAUGAGACAAAGAGGACUCUCUGGGUUUCUUCGCAUCUGCAAAUUUCUUCCUUUAACCGACGAGGUCACGACAACGACGCCGAGUUCCACGCUUGAACCCACCGGGUCGGCCCGAACAUCUUCCGGGUCAGGCGGUCACGGAGGCGGAGACAUGUUCUGGUGUCAGGCGCUCGCUUGCACCGCUACAACUGAAAUCGUUCGGAAGAAAAGAAGCAGUUUGUCGACGACUUGCCGGAGAGUCACGACGGUGGUUUCUGAGACUAACACGGAAGCUCCGGCGAACUUUUUAAACCGACGGAAGAAUACGCUGCCGCAACGAGCUCCCCUCUAUUAG